GCUCCGGGCCCGCCAAAUGGGAGGGGGAGACGCAAGAUGGCGGCAGCCGCGAACUCCGGCUCCAGCCUCCCGCUGUUCGACUGCCCGACCUGGGCAGGUAAACCGCCACCUGGUUUACAUUUGGAUGUAGUCAAAGGAGACAAAUUAAUUGAGAAACUGAUUAUUGAUGAGAAGAAGUAUUACUUAUUUGGGAGAAACCCUGAUUUGUGUGACUUUACCAUUGACCACCAGUCUUGCUCUCGGGUCCACGCUGCCUUGGUCUACCACAAGCAUCUGAAGAGAGUUUUCCUAAUAGAUCUCAACAGUACACACGGCACUUUCUUGGGUCACAUUCGAUUGGAACCUCACAAACCUCAGCAAAUCCCCAUCGAUUCCACGGUCUCGUUUGGCGCCUCCACAAGGGCAUACACUCUGCGAGAGAAGCCUCAGACAUUGCCAUCGGCUGUGAAAGGAGAUGAGAAGAUGGGUGGAGAGGAUGAUGAACUCAAGGGCUUACUGGGGCUCCCAGAGGAGGAAACCGAGCUUGAUAACCUGACAGAGUUCAACACUGCCCACAACAAGCGGAUCUCCACCCUCACCAUUGAGGAGGGGAAUCUGGAUAUUCAGAGACCAAAGAGGAAGAGGAAGAACUCGAGGGUGACUUUCAGUGAGGAUGAUGAGAUCAUCAACCCAGAGGAUGUGGAUCCCUCAGUUGGUCGCUUCCGAAAUAUGGUGCAGACUGCAGUGGUCCCUGUCAAGAAGAAGCGAGUGGACGGCCCUGGCUCCCUGGGCCUGGAAGAAACGGGGAGCAGGCGCAUGCAGAACUUUGCAUUCAGUGGAGGACUCUACGGGGGCCUGCCUCCCACACACAGUGAAGCCGGCUCCCAGCCGCACGGCAUCCAUGGGACAGCGCUCAUUGGUGGCUUGCCCAUGCCAUACCCCAACCUUGCCCCUGACGUGGACUUGACUCCCGUCGUGCCAUCAGCAGUAACCAUGAACCCUGCACCCAACCCCGCCGUCUACAACCCGGAAGCUGUCAACGAACCCAAGAAGAAGAAAUAUGCAAAAGAGGCUUGGCCGGGCAAGAAGCCGACACCUUCCUUACUGAUUUGAUAUUUUUGUUCAUGGAGAAGGGUGGGGUGGGGUGGGAACGGGGUGGAAGGGUGAUGGGGGAGCUAAUGAACUUAGGGAGAAAAACUUUCCAUGUGUGCAGUAUUGUCUUUCAGAAUGUCUCCUGGGGUCCUAACCAUGUAAUAUUAAAACUGGGGGUGGGGUUGAGAUAUCCCGUGAAGACCUGUCUUCAGAACACUUUCAGUGUCAAGAAAUGUUUCCUGUAGCUUUGAAAUCCACUGCCCUGGCUCUUCCCCAGACCUCCUGUUACCUCCCCUUUUUCCCCUCCUUCCUAGCAUCAUUUAAAGUCAUGUACCCUGAGGAGAGACUCCAGGCCCUGAGGCUGAAGUCCACGCUGUGACAGGAGCAUCAUCGGUCUAAUUGAUACUUACUCUCCCUGCAAGUUCAGGUAGCAGAAGGGUUGCCGUGACUUGAUCAAAAAGUGGGUUUAGAAUUCUCCAGUUAAGCUAAGAUUUAAAACUCAAAAGCGUUUUCCUGGAUCAGUGGUUUUGGGGUCCAAUAGUUAGGCUGUUCUCUUUUGUCCUUUCUGUUGGAGUGAGAACACUUUGGUUUUCCUUCUUCUGUGACCAGAGCCCUGGAUACAGGUUGAUGGUUUUGAACUUGUUUGAACUUUACCUGUUUUUCUUGUCAAAUCUAAGUACUCUACUUGCCAAGGUUCUUAUUUGAUUCCAGAGUACAGAGUACUGUCCUCUAUUCUCCAAGGCAUUAUUUUCCUUUUCAAGUGUGCUGUGAAGGCAGUUUAUUUUAAGGAUAGGACCAGUUAGAGCAAUUUUAAUUAAAAAGGGAAAAUUUUUCACUCUGCAAGUGACUGAUGUCUCUGAGAGGAUGCUUUUAGAUGUGGUGUAGAGGUUCUUUCCCCCUCAACGUGGAGCUCUAUCCAGAGCUCUGGGAGUACACCUGGCUAACAAACGCAGGAGACCAAGGUAGGAAACAUCGUGAAAUCUGUACAGAGAUUUGUACAUUUGUGUAAUAGGCCUUUUCAAGCUUUAUGUGUAGCUUUUUACCUGUAACCUUUAUUACAUUGUAAAUUAAACGUAACUUUUGUCAUU